GAACGAGCCAAUCAGAAGCGUUUUACGGAUUUCAAGGGUACGGCGCCAGUUUCAGUGCUUACUGCUAACGUACGAUUGGUUCACAGCGAAUUUUGUACAAAACGUGAUAUUCGAGCGGCUAUAACGACUAAAACGGCGAGACUAUAAUUUGAUGACGAAUCAAUCAGGCAUAAGAUGAUUGAUCUCGGAUUUUAACGUGAAAGCCCUUCAUGCAUUUGGCUAAAAAAAUUUCUGGCAUUAUAGCUGAUGUCAGUUCGUGAUGAAAACCCCAUAUAUGAUUCCUAACUAAGGCAAAUUAUGACAACUAUCGCGAACUGGACAACAAAGGCACCAGUAACAGCGGCUACACCCAGGUACUACAAUAUAUGCGGAUGUUUGGAGAACGUACCGACUCCUAUAUAGCAUUCGUUAUGUGCAUCGUGUCGUUAACCAGAAGUAGCAUUUUGUGCACUCAACAACCGCAGUGCACGCAAACAAUUUUCACGAUGUGUAGUCGGGGAUGGAAGAGCUUUCGAUACUUUCUUCUCGCUCCAGAACCUAACUAUUCUUUAGCCGUGUGUGAGUGUGGGCGAGAAGAAUGAAUUGUUGAUGAGUUUCAGGAGCGGCGACGGUGGUGUUGGUUUGGUGAUCGAGAGAGUGGAUUGAAUAGAUGGGAGUAUAGUUUUUGUGUGCGUAAUAGAAUGGAUUGGUCGUGUGUGGGUGUGGUCGAGAAGAAUGAAUUGUUGAUGAGUUUCAGCCAGGUGGUCAACGUAUUGAACAUCAUUCCGAAACAUUUAUACAAAUACCUUUUAGAUGAAAAUUCUAGAGAUCAUGUCACUGAUAGCUCACUCAAAGAUCCAGCUUCAGAAAACAAAACAAAUGGGAUGUCUUCAAUUGAAAUUUUGAUAGCCUUUCUUCACUCACAGCUUAAGUUGCGCGAAUGUAUCAGUCUACAUGUUGGUCAAGCUGGAACUCAGAUGGGCGAUUCCUGUUGGGAGCUCUAUUGCCUCGAACAUGGAAUACAACCUGAUGGCAAAGUCCCUAGUGACUCAACUAUUAAAAACGAUAACGAUUCUUUCAGUACGUUCUUCAGCGAGACUAGCUACGGUCGUUACGUCCCACGUGCUGUUUUCGUAGACUUGGAACCUUCAGUUAUUGACAGACUGCGGACUGGCUCUUAUAAGCAGUUGUUCCAUCCAGAACAAAUGAUAAGCGGGAAGGAAGAUGCUGCCAAUAAUUAUGCCCGUGGUCACUACACAGUUGGUAAAGAGUUGGUCGAUGAAGUUCUAGAUCGUAUUCGGAAAUUAUCUGAAAGGUGCACAGGACUCCAAGGUUUCUUAGUGUUCCAUUCAUUUGGUGGAGGGACGGGAUCUGGUUUUACAUCUCUAUUAAUGGAGCGUCUUUCUGUUGAUUUCGGUAAAAAAGCUAAGUUGGAGUUUGCUGUAUAUCCAGCCCCUCAUAUCUCAACAGCUGUUGUUGAACCUUACAACUCUAUUCUUACUACACAUACAACGUUAGAACAUUCAGAUUGUGCCUUUAUGGUUGAUAAUGAAGCUAUUUAUGAGAUAUGUCGACGAAAUUUAACCAUUGAUCGACCAACAUACAGCAAUCUUAACCGAUUAAUUGGACAAAUUGUUAGCUCUAUUACUGCUUCUCUUCGAUUUAGUGGUGCUUUGAACGUAGAUUUAAACGAGUUUCAAACCAAUUUGGUUCCUUAUCCCCGUAUCCAUUUCCCAUUAACAACAUAUGCACCCAUUAUAUCAGCAGAAAAGGCAUUCCAUGAACAACUAAGCGUUUCCGAAAUUACCAAUUCAUGUUUUGAACCUGCUAAUCAAAUGGUCAAGUGUGACCCAAGAAAUGGAAAAUACAUGGCUUGUUGCUUGUUAUACCGAGGUGACGUUGUUCCGAAAGACGUAAACGCAGCAAUCGCAAAUAUCAAAACUAGAAGAUCAAUUCAGUUUGUUGAUUGGUGUCCCACUGGUUUUAAAGUUGGAAUUAACUAUCAACCACCCACUGUUGUUCCUGGAGGAGAUUUAGCCAAGGUACAGCGCGCAGUUUGCAUGCUUAGCAAUACUACUGCUAUUUCAGAGGCAUGGGCUCGUUUGAACCGCAAGUUUGAUCUCAUGUACGCGAAACGCGCAUUCGUUCAUUGGUAUGUUGGUGAAGGUAUGGAGGAAGGAGAGUUUUCAGAAGCUCGCGAAGACUUGGCUGCUCUAGAAAGAGAUUACGAAGAAGUUGCUGCAGAUACCGUAGAUGCGCACUCUGAUGAUGGCGGAUUUUAA